AAAUUAACCAUUUUUUUUGUGUUUUGCGUGUUUUGUGCAAAUUGCAUUUUGAACGGGGAGAUUUCGAGUGAGACCGAACCGAUGGCCACGCUACGGAACCACACGGGUAAUGAGAAUUCCGGCCAGGACUCGCCUUUGCAGACGCAGCAGGACGCAAAUGCCGCCCUGGCCAUUGGAUAUGUAAGGGAAUUCAGCUGCCGGGCGGCCGCCUUCCAGCAGCAGCGAUCCGAAGAGAGCCUUGUGUAUGUGCAGCGGAGUGUGGCACUGCUCGGCACCAAGGUGCAGCCGCAUCAUUUUGCUCCCCUGCCGGGAAAUCUGGAACUAGCCCGCUUCUAUGUGGACCUGCACGCUCUGAUGGGCGCCUUAGACACCGAGGGCUCAGGGGCGGAAGUCCUUUGGUCCUGCGUGGCGCUAAUCCAGCACUGUAGUCGCAACCUGGAGGCUCGCCGGGCCAUUGUGGUCAAGUUCUGUUUUGUGCCGCUGCUGGGAAUGAUUCUGCGCCGCACCCAGCGAACAGAACGUGUCCACCGGCUGCUGGUACUUCUGCAGGAUUUGACCUACGGCAUACGAAUCGACUGGGAGGAGCCCUACCUGGCCGCCCUGCUAGAGCACCUGGCAGAGAUAGUACACGGCGUAGAGGAUGGCUCUGACAACGGGAACGGCACCUCCUCCAGCAAGGCCGACGAGGAGGAGAACUCGCACGCCCUGCUAGCUCUUUCUAUUUUGGUUAACCUCUGCUACAAGAACUUUGCCGUGCUGUUCCUCUUUCAAAGGAUUGUAAACAUCUCUGGAUUCUGUCGCCGCAUCCAAAACUAUGGUCUGCUGGCUUACAAAAUGCUAAUUAUCCUCUCGGAGGAGGUUCAUGCCUUUGAGCAGCGGGAACUCCACACCUUCCUCCGUACAGCCUUCGCCGGCAUGGAGGACUGUCUUAAGCACUGGAACGUGGCGCAGUUAAGGCACAUUGUGGACUUUUUGCUUGACUCCCAGUCCCACGCCGGCCUGCACAGGGCCAUGCUCUCGCACAGUCAUUACUGCGAGGAUGUGGAAAAGCUUUUGGAUCAAAUCGAUGCCCGCAACGCCAUGGAUGAUUCGCACGAGGAGUCGCGCAAGUACCAGCAAAUCUGCAUGGAUCUUAUAUUCCGGCUCAUUGGCUAUGUUCUGGAACUCUCCGAACAGGACCCCGACAACAAUGUCAUCAGCCUGGACGCCAUCACGCCGCGCCUCUUUGAGCUGGUUGUGGAAUGGCUGUCUUCCGACUUGUGCGGCGUGGCAGCUACCGAAUUGCUGACCAUUAUGCUGCGUGUCGGGAAGCGUGCCACUGUGGCCCAUUCUAUUUCCCGAGAGCCACUGCAUGUGGUGGGUCUGGUGGCCAGUGCCGAGCGCCCGGACACGAAGCCAGCUCAAACGGUUGCCAUUCUGCGAUUGUUACUUGCCUUGCUGAAGGAGUCCAAGACGGAAAAACUGGUUCUCUCCAAAAUCUGGGAGUCGUAUUUCGACAAGAUUCUGGCGGCGCCGCUAGCUCUGGUGCCCCAGUUCCUGAGCACCCAGAGCCUGGCCUAGUCGGAGGCCGAGAAAGCCUGCUUCUGUCUGUUGCUGUUGGUGCAUGUGGCGGGCAUAGCCAAGAAGGCCUACUUGGACAAGUGCUGCUCGCUGCUGGAGAAGCCGCAGUUGCAAUACUGCCUGGCCCGGGGCAUGGUGAGCCAGAAUGAAACCGUUGUGGCCGCCGUCCUGCAAAUAGCCCAGUUUGAGCACUUCCCUAAGGCAGCAGUGGCAAAGUAUGUCGCCGCCAUAGGCAAGGCUCCAGGUGGCUCUCCUGCUACCUCUGCCUGUGGCAAUGAUCAGGCAGAACAGUGGCGGAAUCUCAGCUCCAUCCUGAAAGGCCACCGCACCUUCACCGACAAGGAGAUGGCCCAGCGGGUCAAUGCCCUGUUGGAGAGCAUCGGAGGAAUAGUGCGACGGAAUGAGCUGGCUUCGGCACCCGUUUCCCAGGUGAUCGAGCUGUAUAACCACCGCAUUGAUAGCCUGAACGGUGUCGUCGCCAACCUGCAACAGCGCCUGGAUCAGGUAGGCCAGCAGCUGACAAGCGCCACUCAGUUGUCGCACGUCCAGAGCGCCGAACUGGAGCGCUUCCAGACCACCAACUUUGAGCUGCUCAUCAGCCAGGAAAGACUGCAAACCCAGUGCAAGGAUCUCAAGCAGCAGACGGACAAGCUGAAGAGCAGCAUGAACAACCUGCUGAAGCACCUCUCCAAGAACGCGGUCAGCCUCCAGAACAGCGAACGGCGGCUGGAAGUCAAAAAAGCGGAGAUCGCCGGCCUGAAGAAGGACUGCGAUGAUCUGCGGACAAGCCUGAGUGCCAAGAGGGAGCUGGCCAAGACGCACAAAGCGCUGGAGGAGCAGCGCGAGGGCCGGAAAAAGUCCGAGGACCUUGUGUCCGUGCUGGAGAAGCAGCUGCAGGAGCGCAAGGACCAGAUCGAGAACCUCGAGAUGGAACAAAAGGAGACUGAGGACCUGCGCAAGACCAUCAUGAGCCUGAUGGAGAGCAAAAAGCCUAAGCGCAAGGCCUGCUAGCCCUUGACUGAGUGUUUAUAGUUCGUACUCUUAGAAUUACUUCCUACACUUUAGUUUACAAAAACGUAUUUUUUUGAUAUUUAUAUACAUUUAUUGCGCCUUGCACUAGCCGCGAG